AUGUCUUAUCCGGAAGUAGAAAAUGAAACAAAAAUUAAAUUUAAGACAAAGAAAAACAGAAACAUUAGGCAGAAAAUUAAGAAUGACGGUAGUGACCAAGAGGAAACAGAUGAAAUAAUAAACAAACUGGAAGAAGCGAAGGAAAUUCAGAGCUUAAGAAAAAGGCCUAACGGUGUAAGUGUAAUAGGAUUGGCAUUGGGUACAAAAGUUUCUGCCCAGGAUGAAGCAACAACGAAAGAUCCAUUCGGAAUCGAAAUUGGAGGCAUGGUAAACAUGCAGGCCUUAAAAUCAGGCAAAAUAAAAAAAGUAGACGAUGCUUACGACACAGGAAUAGGGACACAAUUCUCUGUGGAAACUAAUAAAAGAGACGAGGAUGAGGAAAUGAUGAAGUAUAUCGAAGAGGAAUUGUCAAAAAGAAAAAGCAAACCUGAAAAUGAACCAGAAACUGUAAAAUUUAUAAAAAAAUCGAAUUAUUUGAGUCCAGAAGAAGCUGCCUUGCAAGCAGUUCCAGAACACUUGAGAGAGUCUUCUGCUAAGAGGUCAGAAGAAAUGUUGUCCAAUCAAAUGCUGAGUGGCAUCCCAGAAGUGGACUUAGGCAUUGAGGCGAAAAUAAAGAACAUUGAAGCCACUGAAGAGGCCAAAUUGAGAUUGCUAUGGGAAAAACAGAACAGAAAAGAUGGCCCUUCGCAAUUUGUCCCUACAAAUAUGGCAGUGAACUUUGUACAACACAAUAGGUUUAAUAUUGAUCCCAAGGAGGUGGCCAAGAAGAAAGUAAAACUUGAAACAGAACAUCCAAAGAAAAAAGACGAAAAAGCUACAGACGAUUAUCAUUUUGAAAAAUUCAAAAAACAGUUUAGAAGAUAG